AUGUUUAGUAUUCCUGAUACUUUUGGUAUCAUCAUUUUCUUCACAAGUUUUAGUCUACAAACACGCACUAUCACAGUUCUAUCACCAUCUCAAACAACAUUUUCGUACUUGCAAGAUCAACAAAAAUCAAGUCUCUCAUGUUUAUGUUCACAGACCUCUAUUCAACACGAUGUAUUUCUAUCGAUUUCACCUCAUUUACACCAGGUAUGUUCUAGCGAUUUCGUUGCACAACAAUGGUGGGGUUAUCUGUGGGGGAUAGAUGCUGUAAGUAAUUUUCUGGAUCUUCAACUUCUUAGCACUCAGUUUCGUGUUCUUGCAUCAUUAUGUUCAUUAGCACAGCAAUCUAUCGACAAUGACACAAGUGCAUUUCUUACCGAUAAAUUAGUCACUCUAGAAGCAAUGUCAUUAAGUUUAUUUCAAGCUCAAAUUGAUUCUCUUACAACUGCAUUUAUUGCUCAAACACCAGACAAAUUCCGUCGUACUCAAUCAUUCAUUUAUGAAACAUUUCGUGCAAAUCAGCUUCUAGUUGUACCUGAAACAAAUUGGCAAUUAGCUUUUACAACUGCGGCAAAUAAUUAUGUCAUUGCCACUGUGCCACGUAUUUCAUUUGGAACCAAUUAUUCAUGUAUCACAUCAUUAGACAGCUUCUCACGACCUUUGUAUAUUGAUGCGAAUUAUAAUACAACAGUAUUACCUGGUGUGGUAGCUAGUUGUCUACCGAUUGAUGGUAUUCGUCUGUCUACUUUAGAAUGUUUCUUUGAUUCAAACUGUAUUCUUAACUUGACAAACAUUGCAUCAACACGCAAUACCACUAUUUGGAUUGCCAAACCGCUCAAUGCUUCAACACCCAGUAAUUAUACUUCAAAUAGUCUCAUAGGCAGCCUCGUUGAUAAUUUAUUCGUGGAAGAUUGGGGAAUUAAAAGUAAUUAUUCAAGCUACUACGCUUCGUGUGCUCCAUAUUCGUGUUCAUACAAAUACAUUGAUCACAACACAAUACUCUACAUAAUCACAACUAUGCUUGGACUGUAUGGUGGUUUGGUAGUGAUUUUUCGUUUUAUUGUCUGGUAUGGAUGGCGUAUGUAUGGAAAGAUAAUGGGAUGGAUGCGAAUCGCUCCUCAUGUAACACCAGCACGAGUAGUUCCUUUUCAGCCAGCUAUUCCUAUCGAAUGA